AUGCCUGGCAUUAUCACUCAGUUCUCUUCUCUCUCUGUUCCUCAUGACCCUUCGGAGCUUUCUCCUGGCUCUGACCCUUUCCUCAUUACUGCCCAAAAUGGCUAUCUCCCCACCCAUCUGCCCCUUCGCAGGCUCCCUGCAGCCUUUGAUGCAUUGAGCGACAUCCUUGAUGAUAUGCCUAUUCUCAAAGAAGAUGGCACUGCCGGCUUGCUUGCUACCUUCAAGCUUGGGCCACUCAUUGACUCUGGAGCUCUGCCCGACCUUACUGCCGAGAUUGACAACCUUGUUGUUCCUGGCACUGGUGAGAUUGAUAUGGCUGCUAUCACUGCUGCUUUCCGCGACUACUCGUGA